AAUCCGCAGGCGACUCCUCGACCCUCGUCUCCUCUGACUUCUGGUCCCGAAUCCGGUCCUGAUUCAACACCUUCUGCACAGAAGGCCAGCGGCUCUUCUUCUCUCGCACGCGCUGGAUCCCCACCCGGAGGACCUCGAUCUGCUAUCCGACGUCGUGCGGCUGCCGACCACAAGGAAUCUGUCAAGAAUGCUCGCCCAGCUUCGACACGUGCGGCCGGUGCAGGUGGCUCUUCAGGGACAAUGUUAAGAUUGUACACGGAUGAGAGUCCUGGGUUGAAGGUGGAUCCUAUGGUCGUCCUGUUUCUGAGCCUGGGUUUUAUUUUCAGUGUGGUCGCUCUACACCUUAUCGCAAAAUUCACAAAGAGAUUCUCAUAG